AUAACUUGGAGUUCCCUUCUCCCUUUCUUAGUUCCUAACCGCAACCCUCAAUUCAAAUACCAUAUCUUGACCCAGAAUAUGACUCUUGUCUGAUCCAUCCUGACCUCCGAGUCUAUCAGCACACGACCCUAUCACUCAUCUUGACAACUGUCGACUCCACAACGGCUACACUCCUCACAUCUUCCCCGCAAUGCGUGCCCCGUCCCCGCUCGUCCUCCGGAGUUUGGGCUCGCGCGCUGGACAACGCACCUAUCGCCCUACAAACCUCCAACUACCAAAGACUCUCCUCCGAAUUUCCGCACGAUCAGUUGCCAGUUACACCCAUCCCCACCAUGCCUCGGCACUCUCCGUCCUCCCCACGACGGUGGAUACCUCCUCGCCCGAGUACCGGGAAAACAGCCAGCAAAUGCAAGAACUACUCGACCGCAUGAGCAGUCUGCAUGCCAAAAUUGCCCAAGGCGGAUCACAAAAGGCUCGUGAUAAGCAUGUCGCUCGUGGUAAGAUGUUGCCGCGCGAUCGUGUCUCGGCGCUGAUUGACCCGGGUACUUCCUUCCUGGAGCUAUCUCCGCUUGCGGGACAUGAAGUAUAUGAAGGGGAGGAUGUCCCUGCCGGUGGUAUCAUUACGGGAAUUGGAACUGUGGAGGGUGUGAAUUGUAUGAUUGUGGCCAACGAUAGUACCGUCAAGGGUGGGACGUAUUACCCUAUCACGGUGAAGAAGCAUCUCCGUGCUCAGGCUAUUGCCCGGAUGAGCUCUCUGGGCAUUCCGCAGUUGUCGGUUGUCAUGGGACCCUGCACUGCCGGUGGUGCCUACGUGCCGGCCAUGAGCGACGAGACCAUCAUCGUCGAGAACCAGGGUACUAUCUUCCUUGCAGGCCCACCAUUGGUCAAAGCCGCUACGGGUGAAGUAGUCUCUGCCGAGGAUCUGGGCGGUGGUCAAUUGCACUCUACCAUCUCCGGCGUGACCGACUACCUGGCCGUCGACGACGCGCAUGCUCUCAUCCUCGCUCGCCGUUCAGUAGCUAACUUGAACUACCCAUCUACAAAAGUGCCACACGGGCUUGAGGAUGCCGUUGUCAAGGAGCCACUCUACGACCCUGCCGAGUUGAACGGCAUCGUUGGUACAAACCUGCGGCGGCAGAUCCCCGCGCACGAAGUGAUCGCGCGCAUUGUGGAUGGUAGCGAGUUCGCCGAGUUCAAGCGUGACUACGGAACCACCCUGGUCACUGGAUUCGCAAAGAUCCACGGCCACAGAGUUGGUAUCGUGGCCAACAAUGGCAUUCUCUUCUCCGAGUCCUCGCUCAAGGGUGCGCAUUUCAUCGAGUUGUGCGCUCAGCGACGCAUCCCUCUUGUCUUCUUGCAGAACAUCUCGGGCUUCAUGGUUGGUGCCGAUGCUGAGAAGGGUGGUAUUGCCAAGAAUGGUGCCAAGUUGGUGACGGCCGUUGCUUGUGCCGAUGUGCCCAAGUUCACCGUCGUGUUUGGCUCUAGUGCUGGUGCUGGUAACUACGGCAUGUGUGGCCGUGCCUACUCGCCUCGGUUGAUGUUCAUGUGGCCCAACUCCAAGAUUGGUGUCAUGGGCUCUGAGCAACUCUCCUCCGUCAUGGAAGCAGUGGGAAAGACUGCCGAUCCCGCCCUCAAGGCUCGGAUUGAUCACGAGUCCGAAGCGAUCUUCUCAUCCGCUCGGCUUUGGGACGACGGUGUCAUUCCGCCAGCGCAAACACGGAAGAUGCUAGGACUGGGGUUGGCCGCCGCUCUUGGUGGGAAGGAGGAGCCCGAUAUACAAACCCGAUUCGGAGUGUUCCGGAUGUAGAUGGGUGAGCAGGGAGGCAGAGAAGACAUAAUUAUAGAAACGAAGCUAAGGAAAUGUAUUCAAUCAAGCAUGUUAUUUGUCUGAGACCCAUCAAGGGCUGUUAAGAAGAUCAUAGCUUGACGGAAGAAGUAAGUUGCAAAGAAGAGAAAGCAAAACUUUGUGUGUUCAAACAUCAGAACUUUUAUACGGUCAACAUCGGCUUUUUUGGUAGUUCGGGUAGGAACCCAAACUCAAGUAUGUGAGGAGUGAAAGGUAAGAAGCGGCAGCAAAUUGAUUGCUGCCCUCCGUGUAUGAAGAUCAGAGUAAAGAAGGGAGAAUUGAAAGGGUAAAAUAGAUAAUAAGAAUUGAAUGAUUUCAGAAGAAUGGAGAAGUGGUGGUAUAAUGUGUGAUGGUGACAUGCGGCGACGCGUCUUUCUAUCAAGAGGUGUAGUGUAGAUGCAUGAGAAGCAUAGAGAAGAGGAUAAUCAUGAGACAUGUCAAAGAAAGAUUGCGUGGAGACGGAGACAGGCGUGACUUAGCAUAACUUGAAUCGAGGAAUAGAUGGAGUCUGGGGGUCGAGAAACCAAGAGGCGUGGCAUUCAGUGUUCAUCCUCUCAAAGGAUGAUGCAUGGAGAUCGCCGACGGCCCUGUGAUCCUUUCUCUCUCUUCCGGUCAUGCCUGCUCGGGCCCUCGCGCUUGCGAGCACUGUCGGCAUUUCCGCUCGGCCCUUGCAGAUCCUUGCGGAUGAUUUGGCGACACAGAUCGACAAAGACUUCAUUUACGUUCGCGCGGCGCCGGGCAGAGGUCUCGUAGUAAGGGGCGUUCCCCCAGUUUUGGGAGAGUCCGAAGGCGCGCGCGCGAGGCACGGCGCGGUCUUCUUCGAGGUCUGAUUUGUUUCCGACGAUCACGAGGGGGACUUUCUCGUCGUCUUUGAUGCGGAUGAUUUGUUCGCGGAGUUCGGAGAGUUCGUUUAGGGAGGACAUGCUUGUGAUGGAGAAGACGAGGAGGAAGCCUUGACCUUGCUUCAUGUAGAGUUCUCUGUGUGGUGGAAGGGGGCGGGUUAGAGCUGUGCGGAUUGAUUUUUGUUGCGCGGACCUGAUUUACCUCAUAGCCG